AUGCCAUCAGAUUCGGCUAUGAGUGAUCAAAUCAAUGCUUUGUCAGUACAGCAGCAGCAGCAGCAGCAGCAGCAACAACAAGUAUAUAUGUCCCCUCAAGCAGAAAACUUGAAUCACAUGUAUUCGUUAGUUAACAAACUUGUGCUGCAGUUGAGGAAAAACCAAGCAGAAAAGACGAAGAUAUUACAGAAUGUAGACGUAUUAUCUGGUAGCCUGAACAGGUAUGAAAAGUCGGAACAGUCUCAUGACACAACAGACAACAUUGCAUUAUUCAAUAGAUUUUUGGAACAAAGAGGGAGGGAUACUAUUAUGGGAGAAGAACAAGUAAGCGAUGGCAUUGAAGAGGACAGGGAGGAUGAGGCUAUGUUGGAAACACUGAAGCGCCAAAAUGCGAAGCUUCGGGAAACUCUAGAGGCAUCCAAACAGACCACCUUUGAAUCCAUGGAUUUGUUGAAAUAUUCUGAAAAUUCAUUAAAGCAUGUCGUUGCGCAAUUAAGGGAGAACACCUUAAUGUAUCACGAAGAGACGAUCAAGUUGGUUAGGCAAAAAUUCCAAAUGGAAACAGUUCCCUCGGAGGACAAAGAAUUCAAAAUGUAUAUGGAAAAUGUAAAUGAUUUACAAGAGUUGGCAGACAUAUCGAACACUUAUAGGCUACUAUUGAGGCUACAUGUACUAGACUGA